AUGACUAGCCACGUUCCCCUUUGUAUAAAAAUUCUCUCUCAGAAGCCACUUACUCAAUCUGAAGUUUCUUCUCAAAUAAAGAAAUUUUACUUUUCAACUCGUGAUGAAGAUAUUUUUACGGAUGAAACCCUGAAUCGCUUGGAAAAGUUAACCAGUGUUCUGACCAAAGAGCAAAUCGAACCUAGCUUGAAAAAGAAAAAGCGGGAAGAGGAAAAGCGCAACCAGGACUUGUUGAAGGAAAUGAGGGGCGAGAAGAGGGAGAAAUUGGACCGCUGGCAUAUGAAGUUACAGAGAAACAUGUAA